AUGUAUGAUCUUAUCUUUGACAAAUUUCAGGUGACAACGUACUCUGCUUACCAGCCACAUGAUGCCACUAUCCUGCCUGUUUACAACCCACUCCCAGGAAGUUGGUUUGCUGCGGCAUAUAUCCCCAACUGGAAUGAACAAAUGCAGCAAGAGGGUAUUGUUCACAAAUGUCGAUACAGUUUAGGGUCUGUUGCAAUGUGGAGUCAGAAGGAACAGAUACACACCAUCAACAUUGGGAAAAGACAGACUGUGUGCACACAUGAAAAUCUUUCAUAUUACAGAUUUUAUGUUCCUUCACAUACAUGGUUCCUGCAAAUCAACAUCACCAACUGCCAGAUACGGGAAGAAAUCAUCAACCACGACACGUGGGAACGCCUUUUCCGCUGGUGCAUCCGCUCGCUCUCCCUUCAGGCCAGGUCACUCCCGACCUUUGACCCAGAUGGAGGGGUUGCCAACAUCUCUCAGGGAGGAGGUCACACAUUCACCGAGACCAGACCCUUUUCUGAUGGGUAUUACUAUCUCCUGGUCAACACGGAGGGAGAGACUAUGAUGGAUAUCACCAUUGAGACUAAAGAAUGUGGCGGGACAUUCUCAGACAGCACUCCGCAGAUACAAGAGAUAAAGACAUCCAGUUUCAUGGAGGUGUCAUCAAAACAGGAUGUCAGGUUAGAUGGAACUGUAUCACCAAACAUUACCAUGUCAGUCUCCACAAGCAGUACCUCAGAUGAACAGCAAGCACUAGAGAACACAAUGAGACCAAGAUGGGAUUCAGACAAUGUACCUGAGGAGAGUCACCAGUGUUACCCAGUCCUCCAGUUAGCUCGCAUCAAACACCCUAGUGACUUUACAGAUACCUUUUUAAUUCAGGGACCAGAAUGGUACAGUACCUGGCUUUCAAUGCGAGGAGAUGUUCCAGUCUUCACUCACCUUACAUUGCUGCCUUUCACAGAUAUUGGGGGAACACUUAGUAUCAAUUUACGUAUGGAUGAAAUCCUUAUGAAUGCAACAAGCCAGCUGAUAACAGUAGUAGGGUGCAUUCGGAAAGCUCGGCCUCCAGAGGUCAAAGAUGGCUUGUUGGUUUGCGAUGAAAAGCAACUCACGCUCAACAUCACCUCUUUCUCGGCAAGCACAGUCACAGACUUCAUCCUGAUCCCAUUCCCCGAGCCUGACACGUGGUUCCUCGCCCUCCAGACAAUCUGCUAUUAUAAAGGGGUUAAAGCACCUUGCAAGGUAAACAUAGUUAUGGUCAGCGUUGACAUCCGAACUCAGCCUUGCGUCUUCACUGGGGAACAGCCAUGCGGUGGUCAUGGCUUGUGCCAGGAAACACAUCGUGGCAUGUUUUUCUUCACUAGCUGUGUGAGUCGGCUGUUGUAUUUUUAA